AUGAACAUAAGAAAAUAUCUGUUCCUGACAUGGACGGUGCUGGCAUUUAUCACGAUUUCGACCUUUGUCAGCGAGGUUACGUCGGAAGAAUUAGACAGGACCCCGGAACCAAACAAGAAACAUGACUACAAACUUACCUUUAAGAAGCCCUAUUAUUUCAAUGGCACCGUACCCUUCUGGGAUAUAUAUGGGAAUACCACCGCUGAUAACAAGAUAGAUACACUUUCUGCACCUGAUUUCAUUCGCUUGGCGCCGAGCGUACCCCGACAGGCCGGUUCGAUAUGGUCUCAAAUGCCUAACCCUCACAAAGAAUGGCAAGUUGUGCUUUCUUUCAAGAUAUCAGGCAAUUAUUAUACAGGCGGUAGAGGCAUCGCAUUCUGGUAUACGAAAGAUCGAGGAAAUCCAGGACCCAUUAUUGGAAAUCAAGACAAGUGGGUUGGAUUGGCAAUCUUUUUCGAGACCGCCGCUCCAUCAAUUGGGCGAACAUAUCCUUUCGUGUCAGCACAUUUUAAUGAUGGAACCAAAAAGUACGUCGAGGAACGAAGUCCGGAGAGUGCCACUUUCGGUUCAUGUUACCGGGUAUUCCGGAAUGCUCAUGUUCCGACUCUAGCACGAAUUACUUACAAACACAAGACCCUGGUGCUUGAAGUUGAUGCUCAUCACGGUGGAGAGAACUAUAUUAAAUGCUUCCAGGCUGAGGAUAUCGAACUACCUACUGGUUACCAUUUUGGUGUUUCGCUGAAGGAUCAACGCCUGGCAAAUGAUCAUGACGUAAUAGCAUUCGAGACAUACGAAAUCAAUCCAGCGGAGCGUGCUAAACGUCCACUCCGUCCACAUGAGAAAGAAGGAACUCCAUCAACGCCGCCAGAAAUUCCCGAAGACAUUAGAAAGAGGAUCGAAGAAGUGCAAAGGGUUGUAAAUAAACCUACAGACGAGUCAGGAGAGGAAGAAUACCAAAAUUUAGACUUUGUCAAAGGGAUGCAAACUCAGAUCAUGGAACAGUUAGAAAGGCUGCAGUGGCAGCUUGAAUCAAUAGCGGGUAAAAAAACCAAUGCUCCGGGACAGUUCCACAUCCCUCCACCUAGGAGUGAAAUGCAUCAAUUGGUUGCAUUAAACGAGAAACUUGACCAUAUUGUGGCCAGCUUGAUGUCCAGUGAAGCACAUUCUGUUUCUCCAGUUACAAAAGAUUUGAUUGAUCAGCUAAGACUCCUCACAUCAAAAAUCAGCAACCUCGAUUCUCGCAUGUCAGCUCAAGACGUCCAACUUCAAAAACUGAAUCAAGCCAUCAACGUGCAAAAACAAAAAGAACAGCCUGGGACAUUGCUUUACGUUUUGUACUGUCUUUUGAUGUUGUUAUUACUGUAUUGUGUUUACUUCGCCUACAAACUACAUGAAGAAUCAAAGUCAAAAAAAUUCAUUUAG